CUCAUCUGCCUUCCCCAUGACUCACACAUCUCAGGCGCUCCUCCUCUGGUCAACAAGUCCGGAGACCUGGCAAGUGGACUCCCCUUUUUCUCACCUCUCCAAAGCCUCUGGGGAGAAUCCCUGCACCUCCUCUUCAUGGGGACUCUACCCUUCUACAGAAGAGCCACCAAGGCCUUGAGAGGGAAAGCAACUCUUCUAAAGUCACACAGCAAGCAAGCAGCACAGCCAGGGUGGGAGCCAGGCACAGCACCGCACCCAGUCCCUACCUCCUCCCCACAAGAUCACCCUCACCCGGCCUCCCACUCAAGGACAGGCGAGGAGCAAAGACGCACUCUGAGCCUUAUUAGGAAGACCUCAGGGACUCCCACUGAAUCCACUGCGGCUACAGCAGCUGCUUUCACCACUAACGGCCCCUCCAGGCUUCUCUGGGCAGCCAGGGCUGGGUUUAAGAGAAGGAUAGGUGUCUGCAUUGCUCUACCUACCUAAUGCGGCUGUGCAGGGUGAAGAGGGCUGCUCUGUGGGAUGGCCCUGGGACCUAUGAA